AUGGUUGUUUGGGGCCACCAACGACGAGGUUUCGCGGGGAUGGUACGGAGCCGUAGAGACUUCUGGCAGAAACUCAAUGAGCAAUACCUCUCGAGUGAGUUGGCGCAUAUAGCUCGGGCUUGCGAUGAAGCAGCUAAAGGGAACGUACCUCCGAAAGAAGCGUGGCGGAAGUCUACUAGUGCGGUGCCUUUUGAUCCCAAGAUUCCGGGCUCGUUGAGGAUACGUGGUUCGAAAGGGGUGGUUGCCGGUCCUAUUAUGGCACGUAAUGCACAGAAAGCUGCUAAACUGCAGGCUGAGAAAGUCCUGUUGGAGGAAGAGCACGAGAGGCUUAUGUCACGACGGAGGGCUGGGGGAAGUGAAGAGGAGUCCUCAGCGAGGGAGCCUAGUGGGGAUCAACAGUUUGGGAAUAGUCGCGAAGGUGGAGACCGUCUGUGGAGGUAUGAAUCGAGGCGGCACGAUCCGCGUUAUCAGGAUCUAGUGCAUGAGGAUGCGCGGCGCUUGCAGGAGUUAUGUCAUAGGAAAAGGAUGAUGGACAGGAAGCUGAAGUGGUUGAAGGAAAAUAAUUUGCCUGAUCCGGCUAAGGUGGCGAAGUACAUGACGAGGGUGAAGAGGAGCCAAGAGAAGGAACCUGGAGGGGAAAUGUAUCCACCACCAUUCCAAGUGGAAUCGCCUAAUGUGAGGAAGGAGACGAAGAUGCUCUCACAAGCUGAAAGAGAUACGUUGGAAUCGAGAUUGCGGACUAAAAUCCGAGAGGAGAAAAAACUCAAUGUUAGAGUUUUACGACAGAGUGAGCCUGCUGUUGGUGAAGUUAUCACAGAUCCCAUUGCGCGCCAUAGAGCAAUGCGGAAGCUCCGGACUAGGUCCAUUAUUAGCGAACAUCUGGACGGUAUCCUUACCUCUAACAGUGCACAGAUAAUGUGGUCCAUGCUGGACGGCGCUACUAUUAGUGUGGCUAAGAUACACUCUGAGGGCCCUCGAGGGACGCACCGGAUAUUUUACAACCUCAACUCUGAUCAUGAUCCAGAGGAAGUCCACCGGAAGCUCAAUAUCCUAGCACCGAAGAUCAGAAGUCUACUUGCUGUCAAGUUGAAUCUCGGAAGAACUCCACCACUGAAGUGA